AUGGAGCGUCCAUCGUCACAGCUGGAGAACGUCCGGCCCUCGGGCUUGAAGCCUCCCUCCAAACUGCCUGCUCUUACCAGCGGCAGAACAACGCUGCAGGAGACGACGUCCAGCGACCUCAACACGCGCACGGCCGGACAUGGCUCCACGAUGGCCCCUCCCACCACCAAUGGCAGCAUCAAGCAUAAGAUCACUGGGUUACCCGAACCGAACCCCAAGCGUAAGACGCUUGCUGAGCGUGCCGGCGAGCCUGCGAGUGCUUCGAGAUCCCACAUCCCCAACAAGCCCAGCUUGAGCAACAUUGCUGGCUUCGGCUCACGACCCGCGUCGAACCUCACUUCCUACCGCAACAACUCCAAUAUCUCAACUACCAGUUCGACACGGCCGCCUAGUAGGCAAGCCAACGGAUUACGCCAACAUGCACUUGCAAAAGUCCCCAGCAAUGCACAGCUCCCGCAGAGCGACGAUCAAGAGUCGGAAGCAGAUACAAGUGCUAUGGGCAAACGCAAAGGUACACCAAUUCUGUCCUUUAACAGUCCUGUCAACGGCAUCCCACUUCGCAGGACCCGCACACAAGGCGAUCUACGCCAGAAGCCAUCGCAACAAACAUCCAUCAAGGCCAAGUCUCAACACUCAGGCUCUACCUCGAGCGAUUGCAGCGACGAUGGCGAAGUCUUCAGCCAAGAGUCACGCAAUGCCUCGGCCUCUUCUACUUCUUCAGCACCAGCGCCAGCUCAGCAACAAGGUCAAGUACAGCAAGGAGGGCCUGUCGGUGCCAGCAAACCCUCCAGUCGUAACGUAUCUCUCAGCACGGCAUUUGCUGGGCUGUCCAUCACCCCAAAACCACGCAAGACUUCUUCAACAAGGCAUCGACCUUCACUUGAGCGCAUCAAGGAAGAGAUCUCGCCUUCAAAGAUCCCCAAAUUCUCAUGCACACCCAGUCUUCGUCAUGCACAAUCUGCCCAAUCCCUUCAAACCCCUUCACCCAUCAAGCAGAAACGUUCAGUCAAUGGCCUGCGCACUCCAGCGACCAGUGCAAAGCGCCGAGACCUGCCAAUCUUCUUGACAAAAGAGAAGCUAAGUCCUGUAGCAGCAUACGAUACGAAGAGCCGUCUCGAUGGCUUGGAGCAACGAUGCGAGAUGCUCAUGAAUCAAAUGCAGACCGCAGCCGAUUCAAAGAGCGCGACCGAAGAGUCACUGACUCUGUACAAAAGCAAAGUACAAGAGCUGACUGUCGAGAACCGCGAACUUGCCUCCCAAACUCGAAGUCUGACGAACGAACUCGAUCGCGCGCGCAACGAAUUACAUACGACGUCGACCGAUUUACGACAAGUGCGAAGAGAUCAGGAGCGAGAGCUGCAGGAUCUGGCAAGAAAGCAUGAGCGGGAGGUCGAUGACUUGAAAGCAAAGCACGAGAAGGCACAAUGGCAGUGGGAACGAGAGCGCGAGAAAGAAACAGAUCAGUACGAGAAGAAGAUUGAUGACGCCAGGAAGAAUUGGGAGAAGCAGAAGGAUGGGGAGACAGCCGAUCUGACGACGCAGCAUUGGGAAGAGCUCGAUCAAUUGCGCAGUGAGCACGAGAAGGAGAUUUCGAAACUGCAGCAGGAGUUGCAGGAGUUGCAGCAAGCUGGUGAGAGCAGGGCCACAGAAUCUGCCACGGAAGUGCAGCUUCUGCGAGAUACUGUGACCAAGUUGGAGAGCGAGGUCGAUUCAAACAAUUCAAUGCUUGCGAGUUUGAGAAGUCGAAUUACUGUAUAUGAGGCAAAGAUCACAACGCUCGAGCAGGAGAAGAAUGCACUCGUCUCAAAGACGCAUUUUCUGGAAGGGAACCAAGAAGCACAAAGUCAAGAGUUCACGGAUAUGCGACAAAAGAUGGAGGAAGCCAUCGCAGCAAAGGAGGCGACUUUGGAGACACUGCGCAAAGAAGAGGCGCUGCGGCGGAAGUUGAACGCUACAAUUCUCGAGUUGAAGGGCAACAUUCGCGUGUUUGUCCGAACGAGACCGCUGCUGAAGGGUGAAGAUGAUGCCGCCAAAGUUGAAUAUCUGGACGAAGACUCGCUUGAAGGGUGCAAGGAGAUGGUGGUUCACGCACCGACGACUCAAACUGCCACUGGGAAGCAACGAAACGAGAAGCACAAUUACGAGUUCGACCGUGUCUUCACGCCUGGCACGCAGAAUACUUCUGUGUUUGAAGAAUGCCAAGAGCUGAUUCAAUCGGUCAUCGACGGCUACAACGUCAGCAUCUUGUCGUACGGCCAGACUGGAAGCGGCAAGACCUUUGGAAUGUCCGGUCCGAAUGGUAUCAUCCCAUCUUCGAUCACCCUCCUGCUUGCUGAAUUGCAGCGUCUGAAGGAGAAAGGCUGGGAGUACACAGUGGAGGCCUCGUUCGUGGAAGUAUACAACGAGACGCUGAACGACCUGCUCGGAGAUGCAAAGACUUGGGACGAUACCGAUGAUCUGGGUGCGAGUGUCCGGGGCAAGAAGAAAGACAAGCACGAAAUCCACCACGAUGCCAUCACUGGCAAAACGACAGUGUCAAACUUGACCGCCGUCUCCCUCUGGCCGCCUCCAACGGAUGAUGGAAGUUGGCCUCCUGCCGCACCCGUCGACCCGGAUGAUAAAGGCAUUGCGUCCGCUGCCGCCUCAUACACCGAAAAGGCUGUAGCUAACCUUUUGGACACUGCUGCGAAGAACAGGCGCACCGCCGCGACGAAGGCCAACGAACGAAGUUCUCGAAGCCAUAGUGUGUUCAUGUUGACCUUGAAGGGCUCUUGCGCGACCACAAACGAAUCAACAGAGGGUGUCCUCAAUCUUGUCGACCUGGCUGGUAGUGAGCGGUUAAAACAGUCCGGCGCUGAAGGAAGCCGUAUGAAGGAGGCUCAAGCCAUCAACAAGUCACUUUCAUCGCUCGGAGAUGUCAUUGCUGCGCUUGGAAACAAGAGCGGCAACGGUGAGGCCCAUGUGCCGUAUCGCAACAGCAAGUUGACCUACUUGCUCCAAUCUUCCCUCGGCGGCACAACAGCAGGCAAAUCCUCACGCACCCUCAUGCUGCUACAUCUCAGCCCACUGCAGGCUCACUGGUCGGAGAGCAGAAGCAGCUUGCUGUUCGGCAGCAAAGUGCACGGCACUCACAUUGGCACCGCGAAGAAGCGGUGA